CACACACAAACUCCCCCAUUCUCCAAGCUUCUGUAACGCCAAUGUGUAACGUCCGUCCACUGUGAAAUGCACAAAGAAUGCAACCUUGCCGUAACACUAAUCGCUCUGUGACACCGUUUUUGGUGCUCUUGCUCCAGCGGGCGAGAAGCCAACAAUAGUUGCAAAAUGCCUUUCCGCGACAGAAAACAACAUACAGCAACAACAGCAACAACAACACACUAACGAAACCGCUGCCAGGCCGAACCAGUAGCGAUAGCAUUAUUAUUAAAAAAAAAACAAGCAUUAAAAUCGUUCGAUGUACUAUGACUAAUUUUCCAAGAAAGAAUGAAGAAAACGAGCAACACAAAAUGCAGCAAAUGUGUGUGUGAAAGUUGUAUACGACAUCCGAAACUAAGCGAAAAUUGAGAUAAUGAGAGGUAAGUGAGCUUGAACGUUGAGUGUGUGAGUGUAGCAAGAUCUUGAUAUCGAUCACAGAUGUAAUGGAACGUUUGUAGUUGUUGCAUGUCGGUUUGGCGCUUUGUUUGGCGUGUCGAAAAAUAGGUAACGAAUUGUGCUUGCGAACUGCACCAGGGUGUGCUAGUUUCCAUUGCUGCCUCGCAAGAUGCACAUAGCCAGUGCACGAAUUCACAAAGAAAGUGGGCAAAUUGCAGUCAUUUAGGGAGCGGGCUUUGCAGCACCGUUGCAAAAUUGCGACAGGACAUGAACUUCCUGCAGUUGUUGUGUCCAGGCGAAGGGCUAGAAAAUUCAAAGUUUAACCUUUCCUUCAUACCAUGUGAAACGCAACGGUGGGACGAAUGUCGUACGAGCAACGUUAAGCUGAGGCUGGAAAUUGCAGGGGAAAGCGACAUUGAGCGAGAUGACGAAAAGAAGCAAUGGUUGAGCACGAUUCUGAAGGCGUCCGGUAUACUUGUCUGUGAUGUUUUGUCGGAUCAAGGAAACAGAUCGACCGCGAUUUCACUGCAACAUCUAGAGUACAGUGAUUAUCAGAGGAAAACCCUAGCCAUGAUGCUUAUCACGGUUGUUGGCAUCAUAUGUUUAGUACUCAUGAUCGUGAUUUGCGUUGCACAUGCGUAUAAACGAUCGUGGGAAGGGAAGAACAUUCCCAGCGGCAGUAGUGCGGAUGGGGGUCUUAAGACAUCAGACAUGACAGCAAAAGUGCAUCACUUUCCGAGAGAGAAGGUACAACUUGUCGAAAGGCUCCGGCAGGGUGAAUAUGGUGUCUAUUGGAAAGCGAUCGUAACGGGAGUUGCUGGUGAUCCGGCGUUGGAAUUUCAAGUGAUGGUGAAGGAAGCAUCUAAGCGCUUUGAUACGCAAGAUCUUUUGGAAGAGCUCAAGACUUACGUACAGGUGGGGCAUCAUGUGAAUGUUUUAAAUUUUCUUGGGAUUGUUACGGAAAACAUGGUACAUGGAGAGUUCUUUGUGAUAACAGAAUACUGUCGGUUUGGUAAUUUGAAGGACUUUUUGCUUAAACAUCGACACGCUUACCGUGAGGAAGGUGAUGAUGAAAUUGCAGAAAACGUUGGUAGGGUUAGACUACGUCCUCAGCGAUACACCUUUGGUAAAAUGGACUUGCUCUACUGGUCAUACCAGAUCGCAUGCGGCUUGCAAUACCUCGCGUCUCGUGGCUUUGUCUACGGCAAUCUAUCCACUCGCCAUGUACUGCUCGGUGAGGGCAACAUUGUGAAGCUUAGUGGCUUUGGAUCACCUUACCGACUACAGCUGUUCAGUAAGCUGACUCCGCAAAGCAUCCUAUCGCUACAACGAAUAGCACCGGAAUGUCUGCAAAGCGAUGGCACAUUCACCAGCAGCUCAGACGUAUGGUCGUAUGGUGUACUGCUCUGGGAGCUGUUUUCGCUGGGCUGUGAUCCUUGCUGGGGAUUGAUACCACACGGGCGGUUUGCUGAUAGUUUUGAGUGUGUAAGUGCGCUGCCCACACCGAAGUACGCAAACGAUGAAGUGUACCAAAUUAUGCGGCACUGCUGGAAGCAAGCACCUCAGGAAAGGCCGAGCUUUGUGGAGCUGUGUUCUCGAUUAAACUGUUUGAUCCCGAGGAGCAUGUUGAAGAGCUACGAGGAGUUGAAACUUCUUUACUCGUGUAUAAAUGCAGUGCAUGAAUCAGUUUUAUAA